UUUUUCUCGCUGGAGAAGUGAAAAAAGAAUCAUUCAUGGCUGAUCCGGCGAUUAAGCUCUUUGGGAAGACGAUUCCUUUACCUGAGCUUCCUGUUGUUGUUGUUGAUUCUUGUUCUAGCUAUACCGGAGUUUUAACCGAAACUCAAGAUCAGAAUCCUGUUCGGUUAUCAGAUUCGUGUACCGGAGAUGAUGAUGAGAUGGGUGAUUCCAUUUUAGGAGGAGAAGGAGGAGGUGAUGAUGAUGGUGGUGGUGAUGGUUCUCGCGGUGUGGGAGAGAGCGAGAGUGAUAAAAAGGAAGAAAAAGAUAAUGAGUGUCAGGAAGAGUCAUUGAGGCAUGAAUCUAAUGAUGUUACUAAUACUACAUCGGGUAUAACCGAAAAAACGGAGACUACAGCUGCAAAGACGAAAGAAGAGUCGUCACAGAAUGAGACGGGUGGUACUGCUUGCUCUCAAGAGGCGAAGCUAAAGAAACCCGACAAAAUUCUGCCGUGCCCGCGAUGUAGUAGCAUGGAAACCAAGUUCUGUUACUACAACAACUAUAAUGUUAACCAGCCUCGCCAUUUCUGCAAGAAAUGUCAGAGGUAUUGGACAGCGGGUGGAACGAUGAGGAAUGUUCCGGUUGGUGCAGGGAGACGCAAGAACAAGAGUCCGGCUUCUCAUUAUAAUCGUCAUGUAAGCAUAACAUCUGCGGAAGCUAUGCAGAAGGCGGCAAGAACCGAUCUUCAACAUGCUAAUGGUGCAAAUCUGCUCACUUUUGGCUCUGAUUCGGUCCUCUGUGAAUCUAUGGCUUCUGGAUUGAAUCUUGCUGAGAAGUCAAUGUUGAAGACACAAACUGUGUUGCAAGAACCCAAUGAAGGUUUGAAGAUUACGGUUCCUUUAAACCCGUCAAACGAAGAGGCCGGAACAGUCAGCCCAUUACCAAAAGUUCCAUGCUUUCCAGGACCACCACCAGCUUGGCCAUACGCUUGGAACGGAGUUUCAUGGACGGUUUUACCGUUUUAUCCUCCACCUGCUUACUGGAGCUGCCCGGGGGUUUCACCGGGGACAUGGAACAGCUUCACAUGGAUGCCACAACCCAAUUCACCAUCUGGUUCCGGUCCAAAUUCUCCCACACUAGGUAAACAUUCCCGUGAUGAGAACGCUGCUGAACCAGGAGCCACUUUCGAAGAAACCGAGUCACUUGGUAGAGAGAAAAGCAAACCGGAGAGAUGCUUGUGGGUUCCCAAGACGCUGAGGGUCGAUGAUCCAGAGGAAGCUGCUAAAAGUUCCAUCUGGGAAACAUUAGGGAUCAAAAAAGAUGAAAAUGCGGAUACUUUCGGAGCUUUUAGAUCAUCAACCAAAGAAAAAAGCAGUCUUUCUGAAGGAAAACUUCCGGGAAGACGAGCGGAGUUGCAAGCAAAUCCUGCUGCUCUUUCUAGAUGGGUUUCGUUUGCUCAGUCAUUUUUCUCCAGGUUUUGGCCUCUUGUUCAACACCAGCAAUGUGUUUCAGAGAAGAAGAGCAAAGAUCUUGAGUUCCAAACAUCGAUCAAACACGAAGAAUGUCGUGACGAUGAUGGUCUUUGCAGAGAAGAUGUAGGGAUGGUUAUGAAGAGCUUAGGGCUUUCCACCGACCAAGAAAGCGAGGGACUUCAAAAACAGUACAGUUUUGAGGAGCUUUCGAAUCUGUUUGAAGAGAAAGAGCCGAGUUUGGAGGAAGUGAAGCAAGCUUUUGAUGUUUUUGAUGAAAACAGAGAUGGGUUUAUCGAUCCAAUAGAUUUGCAGAGAGUUUUGACAAUCCUUGGCUUAAAGCAAGGAUCUAACCUUGAGAACUGCAGGAGAAUGAUCAGAUCAUUCGAUGGAAAUAAAGACGGCAGAAUCGAUUUCUAUGGAUUUGUGAAAUUCAUGGAGAACAACUUCUGCUGAAAUCGUAUUUCCUCAAGUAACAAUCUAUCAAUUUCUGCACUUCUUUCUUUUCUUCUUGCUCUCAGAUUGUGUCUGUUAAUAUUGUUGUCUCAGCACCUUGUAUAAAAUUACCAAACUUCC